AUGGCUGUAGAAGAAAAAGGACCUGAUGACUACACACAAGAUGGGACUGUGGAUCUCAAAGGGAACCCUGUCCUUAGAUCCAAGAGAGGUGGAUGGACUGCUUGUUCCUUUGUUGUUGUGUAUGAGGUGUUUGAACGCAUGGCCUACUAUGGUAUAUCAUCAAACUUGGUCAUUUACCUAACCAAGAAACUCCAUCAGGGCACUGUCAAGUCAUCCAACAAUGUCACCAACUGGGUUGGCACGGUUUGGGUUACUCCACUCUUGGGUGCAUACGUUGCUGACGCUCAUCUAGGACGCUAUUGGACGUUCGUGAUUGCAUCUGCAAUCUAUCUUGCGGGGAUGUCUGUACUAACCCUAGCAGUUUCAGUCCCUGGACUAAAGGCCCCUCGCUGUGUGGAUCAAAAUGUAGAAAAUUGUAAGAAGGCAUCCACAUUACAACUAGCAGUAUUCUAUGGUGCACUCUACACCUUGGCAGUGGGCACCGGUGGGACGAAGCCGAACAUCUCGACCAUCGGAGCCGACCAGUUUGACGAUUUCGAGCCGAAGGAGAAAGCUCAGAAGCUCUCAUUCUUCAACUGGUGGAUGUUCAGCAUCUUCUUUGGGACACUAUUUGCCAACACAAUUCUUGUGUAUAUACAAGACAAUGUGGGCUGGACCCUUGGAUAUGGGCUUCCCACCUUGGGCCUUGCGAUAUCGGUUCUGAUUUUCUUGGUUGGAACACCGUUUUAUAGACAUAGGGUUCCCUCUGGGAGUCCAUUCACAAGGAUGGCUAAGGUCAUAGUGGCUGCCCUAAGGAAGUGGACUGUACCUGUUCCUAGUGACCCUAAAGAGCUCUAUGAACUUGAUUUGGAAGAGUACACCAAGGGAGGAAAGUUUAGGAUUGACUCUACACCAACAUUAAGAUUCCUCAACAAAGCUUGUGUCCAAGCAGGUUCAACCAAUCCAUGGAUGUUAUGCUCAGUCACCCAGCACCCUUCUGAACAGAAAUCUUGGGAGCUUCAAAAUCCCUCCGGCCAGCCUAACCGCGUUUGUAACGAUCUCCAUGCUCAUCUGCGUCGUGCUAUACGACCAAUUCUUCGUAAGAAUAGUGAGGAGGUGGACAAAAACCCAAGAGGCAUCACUCUUCUACAAAGAAUGGGAAUUGUCGAAAAUGGAAAACCAGUACCCCUAACAAUUUUCAUUCUACUUCCUCAAUUUGUGCUUAUGGGAACCGCGGACGCGUUUCUAGAGUGGGCAAAGCUCGAGUUCUUCUAUGAUCAAGCACCUGAAAGCAUGAAGAGUCUUGGGACUUCUUAUGCCAUGAUCACUCUAGGAAUUGGAAUUUCAUAA